AUGUUGUUAAAAUCUAGUGAUGCGAAGAAUGUGAAUGAACAACCAUUUUAUGAGUUGCAGCAGCAAGGUCAUGUUUUUAAGCUCAUCUUUGGCAAUGGGCUUGUCCGCUUGUGGAAUCUUGUCGGGGCAACCAUUUUGAAUCCUUUAGAUGACUAUAAGAAGAUUGUUGUUUCAAUAAUAAAGGAGUACUUUAGCAUUGGUGAUGUGGAAGUGGCUACAUCCGACCUUAGAGAGCUUGGGUCUACCGAAUAUCAUUCAUACUUUAUCAAGCGACUUAUUUCUAUGGCCAUAGAAAUGAAUGAUAAGGAGAAAGAAAUGGUUUCGGAUUUGGAUUUGAAAGAGAUGAAGAAAGGUUUGACUAAAUGGGGAGCAAAAUAG